CUGUGGGGGCGGUUGAGUCGCUGGGCGGCUGAAGCCAUGGCUGACGGCUACAGUCCCAACAGCGAGCCUACGACGCGCACGCUGCUACGGCGCGUGUUGGAUACAGCGGACUCGCGCUCCCCGCGGCGACCCCGGAGUAUUCGAGCUGGGACCCAGAGAACCCUGCUUGAAACACCUUCACCCAGGAGGCGGAGCAGCCAAAGAAAGUCGACUGCCAGACGACACUCCCAUGGGACCAGGUCUGUCGGCCGACUGGCCCAUGUCCAGGCCAGUAGACACCUGGACGAACAGACACCCCGGACUCUGCUGAAGAACAUCCUACUUACAGUGUUUUUUACAGCCCCAGAAUCUUCUAUCCUCGUGCCAAAGUCAGUGGUGAAGCCCGUGCCAGCGCCGCCGGCGGUCCAGCCCCCUAGACGGGAGAGCAGUCGGGGCAGCCUGGAGCUGCAGCUUCCUGAGCUUGAGCCCCCCACGAGCCUGGCGCCAGGUCUGCUGGCCCGUGGUCGGAGGAAGCAGAGGCUGAGGCUGUCAGUGUUUCAGCAAGAAGUGGACCAAGGGCUGCCUCUCUCCCAAGAGCCUCCCAAGACUGCCGACGCCUCCUCCCUCACCAGCUCUCUCAACCUGACCUUUGCCACCCCUGUUCAGCCACAGUCUGUGAAGAGGCCUGGUUUGGCCCGUAGACCCCCCACCCGCCGAGCUGUGGACGUGGGUGUCCUUUUGCAGGAUCUGCGAGAUACUUCUUUGGCUCCUUCAGGUAGUAGCCUCAGAACCCCUGUGGCUACUCUGCCAACGGACACUGUGUUGGAGGACACCCAGCCCUUCUCCCAGCCCUUGGUUGGCCGUUCCCCUAGUGUGCAUCACUCCCUGCCCCAUCCCUCUCACAAUGAGACUGAAGAUACUGAGAAGGCUGUGGACCACUGGACACAGAGCAGUCAGCCUGGGCUGCAAAAUGACAAGGUGACGGAGUCAGUGGGAUCCCAGGGCGCCGUGGAGGCUGAGGAGCCAGACGCAUUGUCAGAUGAGGACUCCUCUGGCAGGGCAGCAAGUCCAGCAGUGGCCUCCAGGACCCCCAGCCUUCUCCAGGCUGGACAGCCACCUCCGUUUCUUGAGCCAACCCCGCGGCCUGGUGCUGCAGUCGUGUCUUCAGAGCCCGUGUUGGCCAGGCGUCUCCCCAGGCCCCGAGCUGCUGGCCCCAGGCCCCGUCAGGAUCCACAUAAGACUGGACUGAACCACUAUGCAAAGCUCUUCAGCUUCUAUGCUAAGAUGCCCAUGGAGAAGGCAGCUCUUGAGGUGGUGGAGAAAUGUCUAGACAAGUAUUUCCAGCAUCUCUGCAGUGACCUGGAGGUAUUUGCUGCCCACGCUGGCCGCAAGACUGUGAGGCCAGAGGAUCUGGAACUGCUGAUGCGGCGGCAGGGCCUGGUCACUGACCAAGUCUCACUGCACGUCCUUGUGGAGCGGCACCUGCCCCUGGAGUACCGGCAGCUGCUCAUCCCCUGUGCAUUCAGUGGCAAUUCCGUCUUCCCUGCCCAGUAGUGGCCAGGCCACAACACUUGCCCUGACUGCAUCUGGGGUCCCUUGGCCUGUAUACUCUUCCAGGUCUCCUCCUUGCCUCCUAACAUCAAUAAAGUAAAGUAU